AGUGAGCAAAGCAAACUUGUGCGAGCAUUUAGACCAUGAGUGGAUCGAUUUGUAACUUGAAACCCUUAGAGAGUGAAAGCCACCUGACCUUGCACUUGAUUUGAUAAGGUAAAUAGCCGGUCAAUGAAUUCAUGACGUUGUCGCAGCCGCUGCUGACGUCGCGAAAUCUUGUUUUUUUGUGUGUUUUUUUUUUGGCAGCAUCUAGUGUUGUUUUGAUUAUUUGUGUGUCGCGUGUGGUCCAGCAAAACGUUUACAAAAUUAGUCAAAGUAUAGUACAUAUUGGACGCUGACUAAGUUUGAACUAAGCCACCAACCCAACCACCGACCACACCAGAGUCCAGCAACUAUGUCAAAGGAUUCGGACAUAGAGCAGGCGGCGGUGCCCGCGAAUGAAAUCAAAGUGGAGCCAGUAGCCGCCACGCCAGAGGAGCAGCUAACAUCCUCCGGGACGACCACUGCAACGACAGCCACUACAGUGAUCUCCGUGACGAAUGGGGGAGGAGAGAAGGCGGCGGCUGUGGCGGAGAAGCCGCCCCAGCAGAUAACUGCUGUGGAAGUGGCCGCUGUGGCAGCCUCGGCCACAGUAGCAGCAGAACAAGUGCGCCCAGCAACAACCAUUGGAGGCAUUGAAUUGGCAGCCAGCAAAGGCGGCACCAAAUCCAACAUGGAUCCGGCGCUGAUCAACUUUAAGGUGCUGUACGUACUGACGCAGCUGUGCGGCCUGACGAUGAUCGUGCUGGUGGGCACCUGGAUAGGGCAGCACUUUGGCGGACUGGGUGGAAGUUCCAAUCCCAAGCUGGAGUUCAACUGGCAUCCGCUGUUCAUGACCAUUGGCUUCAUCUAUCUGUAUGGCAACUCCAUUCUGGUGUACCGAGGCUUCCGCACCACGCGCAAGAAGACCCUGAAGCUCACCCACGCCGGCAUCCAUAUGGCCGCCUUCGUUCUAACAGUCAUUGCCCUGAAGACGGUCUUCGAUUCGCAUAACCUGAACAGCCCGCCCAUACCCAACCUGUACUCGCUGCACUCAUGGCUGGGCCUCUCCGCUGUGAUCAUCUUCUCGCUGCAGUACGUGGCCGGGUUCGUGGCAUUCCUCGCACCGGGGAUAAGGGAGAACUACAAGAUUGCCAUGAUGCCGCUGCACAUCUACUUUGGUCUGUUUGGCUUCGUCCUGGCCAUUGCAAGCGCCGUCAUGGGCCUCACUGAGAAGGCAAUCUUUGCAAUCACUUCUCCACCGUACUCCACCUUGCCACCUGCUGGUAUCCUGGCCAAUGUAAUUGGAGUCCUGUAUGUGGUAUUUGGUGCUCUUGUGGUCUACCUGGCCACGGAGCCGUCGUACAGGCGUAAGCCCAUACCCGAGGACACGGCUCUGCUAAGCUCCGGCUCUGCCAAUGAGUAAGGCACUGCUACUACACUGCUACACACACCCCAAACCAGCUGCUAUGCUUAUAUUUAUGCUCAAAACUGUGCACAAAACCCAAACGAAAUGGAAACCUGAUACGAUGUGGUGCUCUGUUGACGAUUCAUGCUGUUUAUUUUCGUUGAGAUGCAUGUUUUACCCCCUAGUAUCAAUAUAUAUUUAAUGUGACUAUGUGUAAUGGAAAGCUAUCCACAUACUUAUACACAGAUUACCAGUUGUGAAAAGACGUCUGCGAGUGCUCAAAUCGAACGUAUUUAACCUCAUAUAGAACAUUUGCUUAUAUGAA